CCUGUUUUAGGGGGUAAGCUUUUGUUCGAGAUGAAUCGGAUUCUAAAACCCAGUGGAUACUUUAUUAUGUUGACUAAACAUGACAGUAUUGAAGAAGAAGAAGGUUGGUCAGUCUCACUUUAAAUCAAACUGUUUGUUUCAAUUCAUUAUUUUCUUCACACCCCAUCUUCUCUUUUUCUGUGGUACAUUCUUGCAUUGCUAUACAAGUAACAUUGAUGCAUCUUUUUCUUUUCCAGCCAUGACUUUAUUGACAGCAUCUAUUUGUUGGAAUGUUCUAGCACAUAAAAGUGAUGACAUUGGUGAAGUUGGAGUUAAAAUAUAUCAAAAGCCUGAAGGAAAUGAGAUAUAUGAAUUGAGGAGGAAGAAAAUUUCACCACUUUGCAAAGAGAGUGAAAAUCCUGAUGCAGCAUGGUACGUUCGAAUGAAGAGUUUUUUGCACAGCAUUCCAAUUGGAAUUGAACAACAUGGGGCAAAGCGGCCCGAGCAAUGGGCGAAGAGGCUUGAAUCAUAUCCUGACUGGAUAAGCAACAAAGAGAAAUUGGUUGUUGACAUGAACCACUGGAAUGCUGUUGUUAACAGGUCCUAUCUCAAUGGAUUGGGCAUUAACUGGCCGAGCAUCUGAAAUGUAAUGGACAUGAAAACCAUCUAUGGAGGGUACGCCUGCGAAACAACUCGAGUGCGUAGAUAAGCAACAGUAUUGGAGCAGUGUCUGGACUUGUUCAGCUGAUAUUAUAUGCUUGCUACUGCUCCUGCAAGGGAGACAAGAACAAUGAUGAGAGUGCCUUGGCACAAAACCAGAAGCUAUGGUUCAACUCUCUGCUACUUCAAAUGGAAGGGUUGCAGUUCAAGUUUGAUGAUGACAACUACUCCAAUAUCAAACCCUUUUGCUUUUUUAAUUUCUUUUCUGUUGUUUAAUAUUCGAUCAAGACAGUAGCAAUUUAUAUUUUAUUUAUUGG